AUGAUAGCCUCGUUACUCCGUUCUCGUCGGAGAUCAAAACGAGUUGUAGCAUAUGCUGUUUUUCUUUUUGGAUUCGUCGCGAUUUGGGGCUCCUUCUCAUUGGCAUUGGUCUUUUUGGGUGAUGUUUAUUUUGGAGACGAGCCUAUUUUGGCACAAAAAGCUUCAAAGCAAGUGACAAGAUCUAAUUAUCAUGUAGUUGUGGGUCAUUAUAAUGGUAACUUACCGGAAGACAAAAAGAGAAAUCUAACAUCAGAAGAACUGAAUGCAAAUCUAUAUUCACCUCGUGAAGAAUGGGGAGAAGGCGGUUCUGGAGUGACCCAUUUGACACCGGAACAACAGAAACUUGCUGAUUCCACAUUUGCUGUGAAUCAAUUCAAUUUAUUCGUUAGUGAUGGAAUAUCAGUUCGAAGAUCACUGCCUGAAAUUAGAAAACCUUCUUGUAGGAAUAUAACUUAUCCAGAAGAUCUUCCGACUACAUCUGUAAUAAUAGUAUAUCACAAUGAAGCAUAUUCCACACUUCUGAGAACUGUUUGGAGUGUUAUCGACAGGUCGCCGAAGCAUUUGUUGAGAGAAAUUAUUCUGGUGGAUGACUUUUCCGAUAGAGAUUUUUUGAGAUAUCCGAAACUUGAUGAAUCAUUGAAACCUCUUCCAACAGAUAUCAAAAUUAUCAGAUCGAAUCAACGCGUUGGAUUGAUAAGAGCACGAAUGAUGGGUGCUCAAGAGGCUCAAGGAGACGUUCUCACUUUCUUGGAUUCUCAUUGUGAAUGUACGAAAGGAUGGUUGGAACCACUUCUCACCAGAAUAAAAUUGAAUCGAAAAGCAGUUCCAUGCCCUGUAAUUGAUAUAAUAAAUGACAAUACAUUUCAAUAUCAAAAAGGAAUUGAAAUGUUUCGAGGCGGAUUCAAUUGGAAUUUACAGUUCCGAUGGUAUGGAAUGCCAACUGAAAUGGCAAAACAACACUUGUUGGAUCCCACUGGUCCAAUCGAAAGUCCAACAAUGGCCGGUGGAUUAUUUUCAAUUGAUCGAAAUUACUUUGAAGAACUUGGAGAAUAUGAUCCCGGGAUGGAUAUUUGGGGAGGAGAAAAUCUGGAAAUGAGUUUCAGAAUUUGGCAAUGUGGAGGUCGUGUUGAAAUUCUUCCAUGUUCGCAUGUCGGCCACGUUUUUCGAAAAUCUUCUCCCCACGAUUUCCCUGGAAAAUCAAGUGGAAAAGUACUAAAUGCCAAUCUACUAAGAGUUGCCGAAGUAUGGAUGGAUGAAUGGAAAUAUUACUUCUACAAGAUAGCUCCUGUUGCCUUCCGAAUGCGUGAAUCCAUAGAUGUGUCUGAAAGAGUUGAACUUCGGAAAAAACUGAACUGUAAAAGUUUCAAAUGGUAUCUCCAGAACAUAUUCAAAGAUCACUUUCUACCAACUCCAUUGGAUAGAUUCGGAAGAAUGACGUCAUCUACAAAUUCAAGUGUAUGUUUGGCAUGGACUCUUCGUUCAUCUGGAAUCAAGACUCCAUCAACUGUCGACUGUCUUGAUAUAUUCCAUAAAACACAGCUAUGGCUCUAUACUGGAGAUCACCGAAUACGUACAGAUGAACAUCUCUGUCUAUCUGUUGUUCAAUUACUUCACACGUCUUCCGAUUGGAAAAUUCAAUUGAAAGAGUGUGCUGGAUUCGAUACAGAGUAUUGGGAUUUCAAACCAAAGAUUGGCCGUUUUAAGAACAGAAAAACUGGAUUAUGUUUGACUUCCCCUGAUAUAUUUGAUCCAUCACAAGAUGAAUUCAAUCCACCGAUUAUUCAGAAAUGUAGAAAUUCCGAUGAGAGACAGAAAUGGGCGAUAACCGAGAUGUCAUGGCUCCCGGAGCACCGUUAA